AUGGGCCAUCGUGUCAAGGAUUGUCCCGAGACAAAGGCUAACGAUAGCAGGAAAAAUGGGAGCUUCCCGAGUUCUGCACAGAAAGGUUAUGUCGAGAAAGGACAGAUGAGGCAGGGCAGAGUUUUUGCAUUGGUGCCAAGAGACACUCAGAGUGCCGAGACAAUAGUGUCAGCUUAUGUUCGUGCUCUUUGUCAAUGUAGAGACCUCAGUUUCAAUCACUUGAGUGGUGAAAUUCCAACAUCUUUUGUCCAACUAGCUAAAGUAGAUUUCAUGUAUUUGACGGGGAACCAACUUACUGGACAAAUACCUGGAUGGAUCCUUUCAAGAAACAAGAAUGUGGAUAUUUCUUAUAACAAUUUCACUUGGGAAAGCUCAAGUCCAGUUGAAUGUCCUCGAGGGAGUGUAAAUUUGGUCGAGACCUACUCUGCCGCCUCCACCAACAAAUUAAGUAAAGUUCAUCCAUGCCUAAAGAAAAACUACCCAUGUUCUGCUAUGGGUAAUCAAUAUUAUUCCUUGCACAUUAACUGUGGUGGCAAGGAGGCAAUCUUCAAUAACAGCAAGUAUGAAGCUGAUUUAGAAGUGAGGGGUGCUUCAAUGUUUUACUCAGGACAGAACUGGGCAUUUAGCAGCACGGGGAACUUCAUGGAUAAUGAUCUUGAGGCUGAUGUUUACAUUGACGCUAACACUUCUACUCUGCAUAAUGUCUCUGCUACUGAUUCAGAAUUGUAUAAAACAGCACGUGUAUCACCCCUCUCUCUCACCUACUAUGGACUUUGUCUUGGGAAUGGGAAUUACACUGUCAGACUCCAUUUUGCCGAGAUUGUUUACACAAAUGACCAGACAUUUGACAGCCUUGGGAAGCGUAUAUUUGAUGUCUAUAUCCAGGGAAAAUUGGUGCUGAAGGAUUUUAACAUCGAAAAUGAGGCCGGUGGGCCUGGUAAUCCCAUCGUUAAGAAUUUUACUGCCGAAGUAACGAGCCACACAUUGAAAAUUCACUUUUACUGGGCUGGAAAAGGGACAACAGGCAUCCCACAAAGAGGAGUUUAUGGUCCUCUUAUAUCAGCUAUCUCAGUUGACCCUAACUUUAAACCUCCUUCAGAGCAUGGCAAGAAGAUUUAUGUCAGAGUAGUGGCUGGGGCUGUGGUUGGAGCAGUAUUUAUUGUCUUUCUCGUCCUAAUUAUUUUGUGGAGGAAAGGCUGGUUGGGAGGAAAGAUAUCUGCAGAUAAAGGUACAACUCUCUAUAGAAUUAUUCUACAAACUGGAUUGUUUACAUUAAGACAGAUAAAAGCUGCAACUAUGAACUUUGAUGCAGCAAACAGGAUAGGGGAGGGUGGUUUUGGCUCAGUUUACAAGGGUCUAUUAUCAGAUGGAACAGUAAUUGCAGUGAAGCAACUUUCCGCAAAAUCUAAGCAAGGAAAUAAGGAAUUUGUGAACGAAAUAGGCAUGAUUUCUGGAUUGCAACAUCCAAAUCUCGUAAAGCUGUAUGGAUGUUGUGUUGAAGGAAACCAGUUAAUACUGAUAUACGAGUACAUGGAAAACAAUUGUCUAUCCCGUGCUCUUUUUGGACGUGAUGCAAUUUGCAAAUUGAAACUAGACUGGCCUACCAGGCAGAAAAUUUGCUUAGGCAUAGCUAGGGGCUUGGCCUAUCUCCAUGAGGAAUCGAGACUGAAGAUUGUGCAUAGAGACAUUAAGACUAGCAAUGUGUUGCUUGAUAAGGAAUUUAAUGCUAAAAUUUCUGAUUUUGGCUUGGCAAAGCUUUACGAGGAUGACAAUACUCACAUCAGCACUCGGGUUGCUGGAACUAUUGGUUAUAUGGCUCCCGAGUAUGCAAUGCGUGGUUAUUUAACAAACAAAGCAGAUGUUUACAGUUUUGGAGUAGUAGCACUGGAAAUUGUCAGUGGAAAAAGCAACACAAACUACAGGCCAAAGGAAGAAUUUGUUUACCUUCUUGACUGGGCGUACGUUCUGCAAGAGAGAGGGAGUCUACUGGAGCUGGUUGAUCCAGAAUUGGGCUCAGAGUAUUCAUCAGAGGAAGCAAUGGUGAUGCUAAAUGUGGCACUUUUGUGUACCAAUGCAUCACCAACUCUUAGGCCUACGAUGUCUCAAGUGGUGAGCAUGCUCGAAGGCCGAACUGCCGUUCAAGACCUACUUUCCGAUCCCGGGUUUUCAGCCAUCAAUCCAAAGUUUAAGGCCAUAAGAAAUCAUUUCUGGCAGAAUCCAAGCCAAACACAAAGCAUGUCAACCGAUGGUCCAUAUAGUGACGAUGGAUCACUCUCAAACAUAGAUAAGGAAGAGAAUAACAUCCUUUUAAGAGUUAAUUCAGUUAUAUCUGACAAGUAAAGCAUAUCAUCGUGUCAUUAAAAUUGUACAUAACAUUUGGAAAACCUUUUCUAUAUAUCAAUUAAGAACAAUAAUUAUGAUGUUUAAACUA